AUGAGCGAGCAUGUAAUGAGCUAUCUGAAACGUAGGCAGCUGGAGAAUCCUGGCUUCUUGUAUGCAAUAGAGGAGGGUGGUGGGAAUGUUUUCUGGGCGGAUCCAAGUUGCAGGUUGAAUUACAGCUACUUUGGUGACACUGUUGUGUUUGACACCAGCUACAGGACGGGUAAGAGGUAUCAAGUGCCAUUUGCUGCCUUCACCGGCUUCAACCAUCAUGGGCAGCCUCUUCUCUUUGGUUGUGCUCUCAUGCUCCACGAGUCCGAGUCCUCUUUUGUGUGGCUUUUCCAGACUUGGCUUCAAGCAAUGUCUGCUCCCCCUCCUCCUUCUAUCACCAUCGAACCAGACCGGUUGAUACAGGUUGCUGUUUCUCAAGUUUUUGGUCAGACCCGCCUUCGUUUCAGCCUCUCCCUCAUCUUCAGGGAAACUCAGGAGAAACUUGCCCACGUCUUUCAGUCUCAUCCUAGCUUCGAGUCCGAAUUCAUUGAUUGCAUUACUGAGACAGAUACGGCUGCUGAGUUUGAGGCGUCUUGGGACUCCAUCCUCGCUAGAUAUUAUCUACAGGAUAGCGACUGGCUCCAGUCCAUUUACAAUGCCAGGCAACAGUGGGCCCCUGUUUUUAUUCGAGACACCUUUUAUGGAGAGCUGUCUCCGUCUCCCUCUCCGUCUGCAAAUGAUUUGUUCAACUCAUUCUUCCAAGGGUUUGUGGACUCAUCAACGACCAUGCAAAUGCUCAUAAACCAGUAUGAGAAAGCAGUUGAUGCUUGGCGUGAGAAAGAAGUGCAAGCAGAUUAUGAAGCGACUCCAGUUUUGAAGACGCCAUCUCCCAUGGAGAAGCAAGCUGCUAGCCUUUAUACCAGGGCGGCGUUCCUCAGGUUUCAGGAGGAGUUUGUUGAGACCCUUGCAAACCCUGCCAAUAGGGUUAGUGAUUCGGGAACGCGCUCCACUUAUUGUGUGGCUAAGUUCCGACAAGUUCACAGAGCUCAUACUGUCAGUUUUGACUCUCUUGAGGAGAGCGCUACUUGCAGCUGUCAAAUGUUCGAGUAUUCAGGGAUUAUAUGCAGACACAUAUUGGCGGUAUUCAGGGCCCAAAAUGUUCUUACUCUUCCAUCUCGGUAUCUACUAAGGCGAUGGACCAAAGAAGCAAAGACUAGAGACGCUGAGGAACAAGCCGAGUUUUCAGACGUAUCUUUAACCGCCUCCUACGACAAUCUACGCCAAGAAGCAACCAAGUAUGUGGAGGAGGGCGCCAAAUCUAUUCAGGUUUAUAAAGCUGCCAUGGAUGCCUUAGAUGAAGCUGCCAAGAAGGUUGCUGCCGCAAGUAGCAGAACUAGAGGAGCGACACUUGCUAACGGGGGGGAUUCGUACCCUUCUCAAGACACAGUGAAUCAUCCAGGGGGUGAAAAGGAGGGGAAGAUACUUGAACUGACAGCUGAACUGGAGAGGACAGGUCAGCGAUGUGAAGUUUAUCGAGCAAACCUGCUCUCUGUUUUGAGAGAUAUGGAAGAUCAGAAGUUUCAGCUGUCUCUCAAGGUACAACAUGCUAGACUAAGCUUGAAAGAGUGA